GUGCUCUCCAUAUUGCUCCCUCACCUGAUAUCCAGUCUGGCGUCUGGGUCCACUUCUGUUUCCAUCCAGGCGGCCACCCCAGACGUGAUAUGAGCAAGUGUGUCGCAGGAGAAGCGCUACCUUCCUCUUUUGGAAGCGAAAGCCACAUUUCAGCGGUGCCAACAACAUCGGCGCCAUGUUGGCUGAGGGAGAAGGCGGUUAGUCAACACGCCGACUCUGACGUCAUAUCCUGUCCGCGCUGUCAGUUGUCGGCUAGCAAUGCUCGGUUUUUGAAGACACGCUUUGUGAGUGGAUUAAGUCAGAUCCGCGUUUGGUCCACGCACCACGCAUCGUUGGGAUUGUUGGCCACUAUACGAUCGGCUUGAUUAGUGGCUCGGCGAGAGCGUUCGGAGACUUAUCUCCGCUGAAGUCGAGCGGAGGAGGCUAAACACGUUGUGCUGCCGCUAAGUCUUUGUCGUCGGGGGGGUCGCACUUGUUAUCGUCCACAACUUCUGCUGCUUCAGAGCCAAGAUGCCGUCCCACACCCAGCAGAUGAACACUGUCAACAACGGGCAGGAAUAUCCUGUAAAGCAGGUCCGGUUUGCUAACAAUAACAGCAUACCGACGGUGCUGUCCAGCCCGGGGCCAGUUGACGUCUGCCCUCAGCCCAUGACCCUGGACCCGCUGGGACCUCAGUUGAAGUUGCUGCCUCUAAAUGACCAGAUCCGAGAGCUGCAGACCAUUAUCAGAGACAAGACGACCAGCAGGGGAGACUUUGUGUUCUGUGCAGACCGACUGAUCCGUCUAGUCGUUGAAGAGGGCUUGAAUCAGCUGCCCUACUCAGAAUGCACAGUCACCACACCCACGGGUUACAAGUAUGAAGGUGUGAAGUUUGAGAGAGGGAACUGCGGUGUUAGCAUCAUGCGGAGCGGCGAGGCCAUGGAGCAGGGUCUCCGGGACUGCUGCCGAUCUAUCCGCAUCGGGAAAAUCCUCAUCCAGAGUGACGAGGAGACACAGAAAGCCAAGGUCUACUACGCCAAGUUCCCCCCAGAUGUUUACAGAAGGAAAGUGCUGCUCAUGUACCCCAUCCUCAGUACAGGGAACACAGUGAUCGAGGCGGUCCGGGUUCUGAUCGAGCAUGGAGUCCAGCCAAGACACAUCAUCCUCCUCAGCCUCUUCUCCACACCUCAUGGGGCCAAAUCAAUCAUCCAAGAGUUCCCAGACAUCACAAUCCUGACCACAGAAGUCCAUUCAGUGGCUCCUACACAUUUCGGGCAGAGGUACUUUGGCACCGACUGAAAUCAGCCUGAGGAGCUUCACCUGUUUUUAAUCAAUAUAUGUAAUGUGUUAUUGUGCCUAAGGCUACAAAUGAUCAUCCUUUAUGGAUACAAAAUGUUUAUUUAUUUUGAUCUCAUUUUUGCUGUGAAGGCUUGAAACAAAACCAUUCUGACAUGUGGCAAGGUUUUAUUUGCAUGCUUCAUUGAUGGAUCAAUAAAGGUUUGUAAGCA